AGCAUUUCUGAGCCUGAUCGACACAUCCACCACCUCAUGGCAGCUUUCAACCUCACCCCCUCUGACCCUUCAACAUUCAUCCUAAUGGGCAUCCCUGGCCUGGAAUCUGCCUAUGUCUGGAUUUCCAUCCCAUUCUCUACACUCUACAUUAUCGGCCUGUUGGGAAAUUUCAUGGUUCUGUUUGUCGUGGGCAAAGAGCAGACCCUGCACAAGCCAAUGUACCUGUUGCUCUGCAUGCUGGCACUCACAGAAAUCGGCACAUCUACCUCCGUUGUGCUGAAGGCACUUGGUAUAUUUUGGUUUAAUAUGAAAGGUAUUACUUUGGGUGGCUGUCUCACCCAAAUGUUCUUCUUUCAUGCAGGUACUGUGAUGCACUCAGCCAUCCUCGUGACAAUGGCCUUUGAUCGCUAUGUUGCCAUUUGUAACCCUCUGAGAUAUGCCACCAUCCUCACCAAUGCACGAAUAGCUAAGCUAGGGCUAGUGGGUUUGAUAAGAGCUGUUCUCUUCGUUCUGCCCCUGCCCCUGCUCCUGAGCAGGCUGCCAUUCUGUGCCAACCGCAUUAUCCCCCAUACUUACUGCGACCACAUGGCUGUGGCAAAAAUGUCGUGUGGGGACAUCACAGUCAACAGGAUGUACGGCUUGGUAAUACCAUUUGUAGUCAACGUGUUAGACCUGACACUCAUUGGCCUCUCCUAUGGUCUGAUCAUCAGGGCUGUCCUCAGAAUCUCCUCCAAGAAAGCCCACCAGAAAGCCCUCAACACCUGCACAGCUCACAUCUGUGUGAUGCUGAUGUCCUAUCCUUCCUUCUUCUUCUCCACUCUGACACACCGGUUCAGUCAGGGCAUCGCUCCCCAUGUUCACAUCAUCUUGGCCAACCUCUACUUCCUCCUCCCCACCAUGCUGAACCCUAUCAUUUAUGGUGUCAAAAACAAAGAGCUUCUUGAGAAACUGGGCAAAUACACCUGCAGAAUGUGCUCGCCUGGGGACCACUGA